AUGUAGCCUGGCUGUCUACCACAGGCUGAGGAGUAAACUACCAAACGGCCAUAGGCUAGUUAGCUAGUCAGGUGCUAAGUCAGACAAGUUGUAGGCAGUAGCGUUGUACCUUACUCCCGUAGGGCAACGUUGUAAUGGUCGUAACACAUACGCUAGCCCAAAGUUGAAUGAAGUAGCAUCCUAGUUGUUUCGGUUGUUUUUUUAAUUAGCUAACUUAGGUGUAGCUAACGUGGAAGGCAUCCACACAGAAUAAUCAAUGAUUGGCUUAACGGACACAGUCUGCUCAUUUUAAAAGGCAUUUCUUCCUGAGUUAAGGAUGUCUAAACGCCUGCGAAAUACUGAGGUGUGCGCUGAUUGCAGUGUUCCAGAACCUCGCUGGGCCUCUGUGAACAGGGGUGUGUUAAUUUGCGAUGAGUGCUGCAGUGUUCAUCGAAGUCUGGGAAGACAUAGCUCCCAAGUCCGCCACCUGACGCACACGCCAUGGCCUCCUACACAGCUACAGAUGGUUCAGACCUUAUAUAGCAAUGGUGCAAAUUCAAUAUGGGAGCACUCCCUUCUGGACCCUGCAUCUGUGAUGAGUGGAAAACGCAAGGCCAACCCUCAGGACAAACUGCAUCCAAACAAAUCAGAGUUUAUAAGAGCCAAAUAUCAAAUGCUGGCAUUUGUCCAUCGCAUGCCUUGUCGGGAGGAUGACAGCUCAACAGCCAAGGAUUUAAGCAAGCAACUUCACUCUAGUGUACGCACCGGGAAUCUUGAGACGUGUUUGAGGUUGCUAUCCCUGGGAGCACAAGCUAAUUUUUUUCACCCUGAAAAAGGAAACACUCCCUUGCAUGUAGCUGCAAAGGCAGGGCAGGUAUCUCAGGCUGAGCUGUUAACUGUUUAUGGGGCAGAUCCUGGGGCCCCUGACAGCAAUGGCAAAACUCCCACUGACUAUGCAAGGGAAGCUGGCCACCAUGACCUGGCAGAUAGACUGGUGGAGAUUCAGUAUGAGCUAACUGAUCGACUGGCGUUCUACCUGUGUGGGAGGAAACCAGAUCAUAAAAACGGCCAGCACUUCAUUGUUCCACAAAUGGCCGACAGCAGUUUAGAUUUAUCAGAACUGGCCAAAGCAGCAAAGAAGAAACUACAGUCUCUCAGUAAUCAUUUAUUCGAGGACUUGGCCAUGGAUGUGUACGAUGAGGUCGACAGACGAGAGACCGAUGCAGUGUGGUUGGCCACGCAGAAUCACAGCACCCUGGUGACAGAGACAACGGUGGUGCCUUUCCUCCCUGUGAAUCCAGAGUAUUCAUCAACACGAAACCAGGGUCGACAGAAGCUUGCAAGAUUUAACGCACAUGAAUUUGCCACUCUUGUGAUUGACAUACUAAGUGAUGCUAAGCGGAGACAACAAGGGAAUUCAAUAGCCAGUCCCAAAGACAAUGUUGAACUCAUCCUGAAGAGUGUGACUGUCAGGCAUUGUAGUGAUAGCCAGGACAACGACCAGCCUGACUAUGAUAGUGUUGCUUCUGAUGAGGAUACAGAUCAAGAGCUCCCCUCGAGCAAAGGAGAUAGGACCAAGAGUCUGGACUCUGACCUCUCAGAUAGCCCGAUUACUAUGCAAGAAUACUUGGAGGUGAAAAAUGCGCUCUCUGCCUCUGAAGCCAAGAUCCAGCAGCUCAUGAAAGCCAACAACAACCUGAGUGAUGAGCUGAGGCUCAUGCAGAAAAAGCUGCAAUCUCUGCAAAGCGAGAACACCUCUCUAAGGCGGCAGGUCACAACCAAUAUCUAUCAGAUCCCCAGCGGUUCAGACUACCCUGACCCCUCCAGUCCCUCAGCCCUGAAACGCCGGCAGUCUGCGCGGGCCAGUCGGCCCAUGUCUAUGUAUGAGACCGGCUCAGGCCUGAAGCCUUAUCUCCCUAAAGGGGAAACUCCCUACCCAGAGGAGGGUAUCCCCACCCUGCAACCCUUCCCACCUCAUGCCUCAAAGUUAGAGAAGCAAAGCAGCAUGCCAGAAAGUGACUAUGACAACACGUUCUAUGAGUCUGAGAUGGAUGAUUCAGGUUUGUGCAGGAGAGGGAGGCUGAGGAGCAGUGGCUGGCUAGGUGAGGGCAGCUCCAUCCCUGAACUGGAUGAUCUGGAGAUGGAGUCAGACCCCACACUUCCCAGCACAGAGGACGUCAUCCGCAAAACCGAGCAGAUCACCAAAAAUAUCCAAGAGCUGCUGCGAGCUGCUCAGGAGAACAAACAUGACAGACCAUGUGAGCGUGAAGGUGUGCGUCGGCUCAGGCACAGCCUGGGAUGUUUCAGCACUCUGGUACCCUGGGCUGAGAAGGCCCCCCCUCCCCUUCAGCCGCUAAGCCUCCGGUCCCCUGACCCCACCUCCUGCUUCAUACCCUGCUCAGAAAGAAUACACGUGGCUGUAACAGAAAUGGCUGCUCUUUUUCCCAAGAGGCCACGCUCAGAGACUGUUAGAGGCUCUCUGCGCUUGUUGACCUCCAGCGCAUACCGGCUUCAGAGCGAGUGCAGGAAGGCGGUGCCUUCAGAGGGCUGCCCAGGACCGGACAUGCAGCUGGUCACUCAGCAGGUCAUCCAAUGUGCUUAUGAUAUUGCCAAGGCCGCCAAGCAGCUUGUCACCAUCACCACAAAGGAGAAUACCAACUAACAGCACUUACAAGGCUGCAAAGCCGUUAGCAUCUCAGCUUUGUUUUUAUAUUUUUUAAAUCGUUUUGUUGUUUUGUUUUUUUUGUAUUUGUGGUAUAUGCAUGCAUUCGUUUUUUUUUUAAUUUAUGAAUAAAUAUUGACAAUAUUUAAAGCCAACUCUGGACAAAAUUUGAGUGUCAAGGGAAAAAGUCAGCAGCUUUACUUAGGGAUUCCGAGCUGCUGUAAUAGCACACUUUCUCUUGAGGUGAAGGCAACGUACAGCAGCGAGCAGGCCUGGGAAACAUAAUGGUUUCUAGAUUACUUUUAAAAAUUUUGAGUACAAUUCCCUCUUACUUACAAAUAAUUUUUAAUUAGUGCAUAAUGUAAAUACCUUACAUUUAGAGAAGGGUUUAAGCACAGUACAGUAAACCUAUAUGACGAUACAGGUAAAUGUUAUCAGUCCAAAGCCAGGCAAAGAUGCUGAAAAGCCAUAAAUGAGUCAUGAAUCAAUUGUCACUGAAGGUGUACUGUAAACACUCUGUAGCUAAAGGAGCUUCCUCUCACUAACUGCACUGUGCAAACAUCAUCAUACUGUAAAUUUUAACCUUUAAAAACAAACUGACCAUUUAGUUAACUUCCAUUAAAUGUUGGGAACUUCAUUAAUGCACACUUUGUAGCUCUGCAAUGCUAAUGUUUGUUGCAUCGAAAAUGCUGUUUAUAUGGUUUGUCUCCUGUCCCAGUGUAAUCCAGUCUGCAGUGCACUUAUUGCAGCCAUUUAUGUUGCCAAGUCAGUGAAUGCAAACAACACUUGUUCAGGGGGCAAGUUAUAUUCUUCACCAGCACCGAGAUGUUGUUGUGUUAAGUUAUAAUGAUUUGGUGUGUUUUUAACAGGCUCCACACUGCACUGUAUUCUGCCGUCUUGUGUGCCAUUGCAGUGUUGGUGAUGUUACAAGAUAUUUAGAGCUAAGAGCCAUACUGUAUGUAUGUCCAUGUGUUUUGUGCUCUGUUCCGUUGCUGCUAGUUUUGUAUUUAAUGUGCAACAUGUGGGAUAGAACUGUAGACAUCUUCUGUAUUAUUGUGCAACCCAACGUUCAUCCUCACCACGUGUUUCAGACUUCAUUGUCAUUCUGAAAUCUGAUCAAGGUAAUGUAGGUGAAUGCAGCUGUUAAGCUCCACUUUGGGAAAAAAAUUAUUUUCUAAAUAAACGUAAUUUAUAAAUAUA